AUGAGACUCUCGAUUCUGCUUGCUCUCACCAGUAGUGUCGUCGCAUCUUGCGGCGGCACGGCUGCCAGGACCGACCGGGCUGGAGCCGUCAACCCCGGCGGCCCGAAGAUCAUCAUGGACAAUGACUGGAAUUCGGGCGCUGCGACGCAAUUCUUGAUGGCUCUUGACUAUGGUUGGGAUGUCCUCGGAUUGAUUGGCGACACCUCCAACUCCUGGGCACUGCAAUGCAGCAUGCAUGCCCUUGCCCUCCUCGAGAUUGGCAACCUCUCGUGUAUUCCAGUACACAAGGGCUCGGACUAUCCGCUGCUCAUGACACCAAAGCUGAUGCAGAGCUAUGAGACCAUUAUGGGCCCCCUCGCUUGGGAAGGAGUGUUCAAGCCGCAAAACGACACGGCCGAGGCUCUUGGCUCGGAUCCUACAAGCGGCGACCCGCGCCGCAUCGUCAAGGAGGCUUUCAUUGAGGGCUACCCCAAUACCACGCUUGCAGGAGACUUGGCUGCGGCAUGGAUGGUUGAGCAAGUCCGCAAAUAUCCUGGCGAGGUCACCAUCUUCUCUGCCGGCGCCCUGACAAACAUUGCCAUGGCUGUGCGCAUGGACUCGGAGUUUGCCAAGAACACAAAGGCUCUAUGGAUCAUGGGCGGUUUUGCCGAUACCAACCUCUUGAUGACGAGCGGAAGCACACUCCAGGCCGAUAUCAACACCGAUUUCAACUUCAAGGCCGAUCCUGAAGCUACCAAGAUCGCCCUUACUGCGGAUUUCCCAAACAUUACCCUUGUAGCCAACGCAGCCAAUGCGCUCGACUUGUUCCCUACACCAGAAUACAUUGCCGAGAUUGCUGAAGUUGUCAACCCAUGCACUGUUGUCAACUCGGCCGCCGCUUAUCCCGACUUGCCGUUCUGGGAUGAGGCAACGUUGCUGACAUUGCUCGAGCCUGACUCUGUGCUCAACCAGACCUCAUUCUACGUCAAUGUCGAUACGUCCUACUACAGCCCAACCUAUGGAAAUAUUUGGGCCUACCAAGAGGCAUUGGUCCCCAGCCAGCAGGAUCUCCGCGAAGUCAACUUUGUCUAUUCGAUCAAUGGCACGACUUUCCAGAGCGCUCUGAAGAGAGCCCUUCAGUAUCCAAAGUCCUGCGCCUAG